AAUUUGUUUUAUGUAACUAACUUAUACUUUUAAUAUUAUGGUCAUUGACACGACUAAUCAUCAUACAAUUUACAAAUGUAUUUAUUCUAUAAUAAUAAUAAAAAACUGAUGCCUAAUAACAUACUCAUAUUAUUAUUGAGUUUCAUAUUUUCAAUAAAUUAUGUUUAAAAAAGUAAGAAGUUUUGUUUUUACAUCUUUUCAAUAUUUCUGUGUUGCUCACUGCAUAACAGAAUAUGUAGCAGAUAUAUUCUUAUGUUCAGGUGAUUCCAUGGAGCCAUCUAUUCACUCUGGCGAUUUGGUAAUUAUUCUACGUUCCUCAAAGAUGUUCAACAAUGUAGAUAAAGGAGAUUUAGUUGUUGCAAAAUCACCUGAAGAAUAUAAAAAAUUUAUUUUGAAGAGAGUGAAAGCCGUUGAUGGCCAAAUGGUUAGAAGAGGAAUAAAUUAUGAAGUGGUACCAAGAGGCUCAGUAUGGUUGGAAGGUGACAAUCAAACAAAUUCAACAGAUUCUUGGGAGUUUGGUCCUGUACCUAAAGGAUUAAUACAUGGACGAGUUAUUUGUCGAAUUUGGCCCUUGUCACAUUUCACUAUGAAUAUUUAGUGAUAUAACACAUGUAGUAAGUAGAAUGUACAAAUAAAAAAUUAUAAUCAAUGAUAAUGUUUAUUUAUAAAAUAUUUUACUGUAUAAUGUUGUACAUUAAACAUUUCAUUUCAUAUUUUAAAUGUAUAAAUAUCAAGUGUUAUUAUAGAAUCUAUACUAACUUGUUCAAUAAGAAGAU